AUGGAAUCGUCAUGGCCUUUACUUCGGGCUAGAGACGUUGUUGAGCGAUGGACCGCUCCUCAUGGUAAUAGCGUCAAGCUGAAUGUAGAUGCAGCGAUGUUCAACAUUGGAGAACCAUAUGGUAUCGGGUUGGUUGUUCGGAAUGGCUCAGGACUUCUCAUUGAAGGUCGCACCAGAUUGUUCUAUGGCCAAGUUGAACCGGUGCUUGCUGAAGCAAUUGGCAUCCGUGAGGCCUUAAGCUGGAUCAAGGACAGUCGGUGGCAAGAUGUGUAUGUCGAAACGGACUGCCUCAAUGUAGUGCAAGCAAUUCAUUGCUCGACAGAGAUGAUCUCUUUGUUUGGGUUGGUUAUUAAAGAUUGUAAGACUUUGCUUGCUAAUUUAAACAAUGUAUCUGUUUCCUUUAUUAAGCGAUCAGCUAAUGUAGUGGCCCAUUCCUUUGCAAGGGCGGCUAUAUUGUACCCUGAUUGUUCUUUCAGUUUGGAGUCUGUUCCAACUGAGUUGCUACCAAGUUUGGUAGCGGAAGUCGUUCUUUAA